AUGACACUAGAUAUCAGGGAAAUCAACCUUGUGGAGGCUUCCAUUGAAGAGCUGCAAAAGGCGCUCGACUCGGGGCAUGUAACCAGUGUUGAGCUGGUAGCACGCUACCUCCGACGAAUCAGCACAUACGACUGUCAGAACCUUGCCCUCAAUGCCAUCCCCGUGCUGAAUAAUUCCGUGUUCGCCGAGGCUGCUGCUUCAGAUGAUAGGCGAGCCGCUGGCAAGAAAGUGUUGCCUCUCGACGGGAUUCCAUACACGAUUAAAGAUAGCUUCAAAGCCAAGGGCAUGACUGCUGCUGCAGGCUCGCCGGCAUUCAAGGAUCUGGUCAGCAAUGAGGACGCAGCAAUAGUCGCGUCCAUUCGUGCCAGCGGCGGCGUCCUUCUCGGACGAACCAACAUGCCUGCCAUGGCCUGCGGAGGCAUGCAGAGAGGCAUUUAUGGCCGUGCUGAGAAUCCAUACAACCCAGAAUAUCUGGCAGCAGCCUUUGCAUCCGGGUCUUCCAAUGGUUCGGCGGCCUCUACGGCAGCAAGCUUUGCCGCCUUUGGCCUUGGUGGCGAGACCGUGUCUUCUGGCAGAUCACCGGCCUCGAACAAUGCUCUUGUCGCUUAUACCCCGUCGAGAGGUUGGUUGUCUGGCCGGGGCAGCUGGCCUUUAUACCCGACUUGCGACGUCCCGGUUCCGCACACCAGAAGUAUUCGCGAUCUCCUCUGUUUGUUGGACGUGAUUGCGGUGGAAGAUCCAAUCAAAGAAGGCGACUUUUGGCGCGAGCAGACUUUCGUAAAGCUCCCUGAUCCGUGGCAGGAUCGACCUCUCGAGUCGUUCAAAGAAAUAUCUGCAUCUAAGUCACUGUCUGGCUUGCGCAUUGCCGUGCCUCGGAUGUAUGUCGGCGGCCCAACUCCACCGGGCGCUACUACAGUGCAUACAAACCCAACAGUCAUUGAGUUAUUCGAAAGAGCACAGAAGGAUAUUGAAGCCCUUGGCGCAGAAAUUGUCUCGACGCCAGACUUUCCAGCAGUCACAGCCUACGAAAACGAUGAUCUUCUGCCCGCCGGCUGUCCUCGGCGGCCGGCCAAUUGGGGAGCCAUGGAACGAGGUCCUCUGAUUGCGCAUGCGUGGAAUGAUUUUAUCAAGAAUUUCCAUGACGAGACGCUGCCGGAUCUCUUUGCCGUAGAUACGUCUCAGAUAUACCCCGAUUGGCUUCGAACAGAGCCCGAGCUAAGGCAUUUUGAAACGGCCAAUGGAAUCAUGUAUCAUACACUGAAAGAGUCAUUGCACAGAGGAAGCCAUCGCCAUUCUCCAGGUUAUUCUACAGUAGACGAACUCGAGGAAGCGCUUCUUGCUCUGGAAGGCAUGCGUCGACACCUUUUAGACGACUGGUUGACUGACCUUGGCUGCGACUGCGUCCUGUUUCCGGCGGUUGGAGACGUUGGCCGCGCAGACUCGGAUUCAAACUUUGAAAGUGCUGCCCACACGUGGCGCAAUGGCGUACGCUACAGUAAUGGCAAUAGAGCUAUUCGGCAUCUAGGCAUACCGACAGUAUCAGUUCCCAUGGGGGUUAUGUCUGAUACGCAUGUACCGGUCAACUUGACAUUCGCUGGGCGGGCGGGUAGCGAUGUGCAAUUGCUAAAGUGGGCGAAUGCAUUCGAGUUCAAGACACACCAUCGAGUCGCACCUCCGCAUACGCCAGCGCUCGAGUCUGACCGCAUUGUAAUUCCCAAGGGUCCGAAUCACUCUUUCUACGAGCCACGCCCAGAACUGACCGUUGAGAAAGCCAAGAUAACCGACCAAAGUGACUCGGCGCUUUGCUUUACUCUGUGUGGCUCUGUUGCUGUGGAACCUUCCACAACAACAUGCCCAGUGGUGGAUAUCACUAUCAACGCCCUACCUGUCCCACUUGGCAUGAUUGAGACAGAUUCGAGCCCGCAGCUUAUAGCUGGCAAAAAGGUUUUUGGAUUCCGCGUAAGUCAGGUUGUGAACAUGGCUACUACCAAGGCUGGGCUGGUGAAGACAUGGGCUCCCACUGCCCGUGACAAGACAAUGGUGGUGAUUUUGGCAAGAAACUCUCCGAGCAGUCGACCUACUGGUUGGCUUGGGUUGUUGUAG